AUUUCCACAGCAAGGAUGACGAAAGAAACACUACAGCACUACAUGGCUAGGAAAUAUCCUUCGCUUCCUGGACCUAUGUUGCAACACCCAGGACAAAACUGUCUCUUGCUCGUUGCUUGCCCCUCAUUCCACACGCUCUUCUUCUGGAAAGCUAGACACAGCAAAUCUGUCCUGUCUAAGAAGCUGCGUAUCUAGGAGUCUCCAAAGGAAGGACCCAAAGCCUGGCCAGCAUUGCAGAGGCAACACACGAACCUUAGACCACAGGAAGAGGGCGCUAAAGGCAGAGGGAAGGCAGAAGGUGAGGAAAGGGUAGGAGAACAGAGAAAGAGAGAGAGAAAGCAGGACUUCUAGCAGCUAACCGGGGCAGGAGGAGGAACGCCAAGAACUGAGCAGAGGUUGCAGAACUGAGAAGACGAAGGAAGAAGGAAGCACCACCAUGAGCAAACCAAACUAUGAACAGCUGGGUGAGAAGGCACUUGCCGCUCAGAACCCCCCUGCCUACUCUGAAAAAGAGGCCUAUGCAGAGCCUGACCCACUGAAACAGCCUCCUGGGCCAGCACCCCAAGCAGGCUAUGGGGCUGUGCCAGCACCCCAAGCAGGCUAUGGGGCAAUGCCUUACUAUGGCCCACCUGGUGCAGGAUCUAACCUAGGCCCAGUCCUUCAACCUCCACAGGCGGUCUACGUCACACCUGUACAGCCCACCAAUGAACCCGAUUACCUGAUCUACUCCAUCUUCACCAUGCUCUGCUGCUGCUUACCCCUUGGUAUUGCUGCCUUGGUCUACUCUAUACAGACAAGAGAAGCCAACUUUGCUGGAAAUGCCGCGUCCGCCAAGAGAAAUUCCCGAAUGGCACGCCUCUUCGGUCACAUCGCUCUGGGGAUUGGGCUGGGGUGCCUUGUCAUAUAUAUCAUCAUCGUAGUGGUUGUUUCUACCACAGCAGCCUACCUUCCACCGCAGAAGCCCUGAUGAUGCCCUCUGCAGCCUUCAGAUCCCAAAAGACCUUCCCCCCACCCCAGCAGACAGGCAAGAGAAGUCCCCCUUUGACAAUCGUCUUCCAUAACAGGAUACGCCACUGGCUAGAUGGCAUGUGUGUGUGCCCUCGCGUCACCUGACUUCCAUAAAGUCAACUUGGUCACCUUCAAUGGGGCACAGGGCUGCAGAGCACUGAAUUUGAGCCAGCAUCAGCUGACCUGAAAGUUCCACCUAGCAAGAGCUCUGCCGCAGCCCAAACACAUUAAACGAGAAACAUUGUCUGUGCUCCAGCUCUACAACACGCAAGCAUCACAAACAGAAACAACAGAAGAGGGACAGGCAAAUGGAUUUGGGCGCUGAGGAUCUGAAACAGUGUCCAGCCUGAAGGCUUGGGAAAUGUCUGCAUCAAUUGCAUUUCUCUUGCCAAUGUUAAAGUAGAAUUACCUGUUUAGACCAUAUCCCGUCCAGAGCCCAGAUGUACCUCUCCUCCAUCUGACACCUCUGGUCCAGGUUUCUUCCCUGGGCCUUUAGUGUAGUGACAUUUGAAACACCCAUCCAUUAUAUAUCUGCCUUUGAGAGGUCUUUAUUAACUUUCCAGUGCACUGUUGAAUGCCUUUCUUUUAUCCCUGCCUGUGUCUGUAUUCGGUUCAAAAUUGUCUUUUAUGAAUGAACAAGCUAAUAAUCUAUGUUUACUUGUGGGGUUGCUUUAUCCCGUAUAUGCCAACUCAACCAUUUUGAUCUGUGGAACUGGCACUGUUACAAGGGCUACAUAAUGUUCCCUUUGCUUCUGUAAGGAAUCAAUAUUUUAGUGUGGCAAUGCUCACACUUUGGAACUCCCGACCUAUUGACACCAGGCAGGUGCCUUCCCUGUAUUCUUUUUUGGUGCCCACUAAAAACAUUUUUAUUUAGGCAAGCCUAUAUAGACAUGUAGAAGGUUGGGUUGUGUUUUAAUCAGCUUUCAAGCUUAUCGUUGAUUCAAUUAUUUUUUAAUGUUUUAAACAGCUGUUAACAGGGGGCUCACUUCUUAUUCUUUUCUCUUUUUUACACCGCUUUGAGGGUUGUCUGUUUGCUAUGUGCUCCGGCAGGAUGUAAAUUUUGUGAAAUGAAAAAAAAUAAGGAAUAAUCAGUUGGCACAAACUGCUCUUUAAACCACGGCAUAAGGUGGUCCCCCCGUAGCCCCAGACCACGUUUUGUGCAGUUAACUAAUUGUGUAUAUCAUAUAAUAUUGCUUAAUCCAGGAAAGAAGAUGAUUUUCAGUGUUAGUGAAGAGAAGCUAUCAGUUUCAUUAAAAAUAUUUGAAAUAC